GACGAUGGCGAGAUUCUCAGUCGAGUUGAGACGAAUGUGGUUCCAGCGGAGGUGAGGGACUGGCUGGCAAUGACCUUCAGCAGAGCAAGUUCCAGCUGCCCCGUCAAGAAAGUUCACAAGGAAAAACCAAAAUUCAGAAGUGUGGCAAACGCCAUCAGAGCUGGCAUCAUGGUCGACAAAAUUUACAGACGGAUUUGUUGCUCCACUGGAUUCAAAGUUCCUACAAAAGUUGCAGCUCACAUGAAAGAUAUAAACGAGUGGUCAUUUGAUGUCUUCAAACUGAACGAGGUCUCGGAAGGUCAUGCGCUAAAGUUCAUAGGUCAUGAACUUCUGCAGAGGUACGACUUCAUCAAUAAAUUCAAGAUCAAUUUACAAAAGCUGGAUCACUUCCUGACGCGGCUAGAGCAGGGGUACAGCAAAUACCACAACCCAUACCACAAUUUGAUACACGCUGCCGACGUCACACAAACCGCGCAUCACGUGAUACAUUCUUCCGGUUUAACGACCUGGUUUUCAGACUUGGAGGUCUUCUCGGCCAUUGUAGCUUCACUCAUACACGACUUCGAACACACCGGAACCACAAAUACAUUCCAUAUCAACACCAGUUCGGACACAGCUCUGCUCUACAACGACAAGGCAGUACUGGAGAACCACCAUCUCAGUUCAACGUUCAGAAUGAUGAAGGAUGACGAAGUCAACCUACUCUCCAAUUUAAAAAAAGAUGACUACAGGGAGCUGCGAGCCAACAUGAUUGAAAUUGUUCUGUCUACAGACAUGUCUCUACACUUCCAGCAAAUUAAAACAGUGAAACAUUCACUGAACGUUCAAGAAACGAUUGACAAAACGAAAGCCCUCUCCUUAAUUGUGCACUGCAGUGACAUCAGCCACCCUGCAAAGGAUUGGGAGCUCCAUCAUAAGUGGACUGAACUGCUUAUGGAGGAGUUCUUCAGACAGGGCGACCAAGAAGAGCAGCUCUCACUUCCAGUAUCACCUCUCUGUGAUCGAAGGAACACCCUGGUAGCCGAAUCACAAAUUGGUUUCAUAGAUUUCAUUGUUGAUCCGAGCUUGCAAGUACUCGGAGACAUGGCGGACAGAUUCGUGUAUCUCAUGAACCAUUCUGAUAGAAAUGUUUCGUCAACUUCGGCAUGCAACAGCGUGUCAACACAGCCGUCGACCACUUCAUCAACGCCGCAAUCUGUUUUGAAUUUCGAAACGACGAGAACAACAACGAGAGCCUGGGAGGCAUGUCUCGUCAUCAACAAGCAGAAGUGGAAAGAAAGAUCCGCCAAUGGUUUGUUCGCACCUACUGCUUGUUCAUUUCAAUUUCAUCGUUCGAUCACUUUUAACGUUUGUUUACUUCUUUUUAAUCUUUUUUUAACAAAAGUUUUAACGUUUGUUCUUUUCAAUUUAAUUGCUUGCUUGCAUCAGUUUUAUUGUUUGUUUACAUUGGCUCUAUUGUUUGUUUCAUACACGUGGUUUUAUUUAGAAUUAUUAAACUUUUGA